AUGGUAUCCCAAAAACCCGUCAUCUUUAUCGUCCCAGGCGCCUUUCACCGACCAAUCCACUACCGAAAAAUUAUCGAUCUUCUCCGGGUCGAAGGUUACGAGGUAAUAUCCAUCGACCUGAUCGUUUGCGGGGAGGAAGUCGAUCCCGAAACGUCAUUUUUCGAUGACGGUGCCGCGGUUCGAAAGAUAUUGAUCCCUUUCCUAGAUGAGGGACGGAAAGCUCUCGUCGUUUCGCACAGUUAUGGGUCUUUGCCCACCUCAGUGAUUGUGGAGGGUCUAACCUUGGCCGAGCGCGCGGAACAAGGCUUGCAGGGUGGUAUCGUUGGCGUCAUCAAUUUAGCGGGGUUUGUGUUCCCUGUCCCUGGCAAGAAUAUUCUGGGAAACGAAGACGAGAUUCCGAAUCCGCCUUAUCAGGUUAUCAAGGAUGGCGUUGCCCAUCUCCAAGAAAGUGCGAAGCCACUUUUCUUCUCCGGGCUCGAUCCCAAGGAGGCCGAUGCUGAAUGGGACGCUUUGUUCAAAAAGCAGUCAGUGAAGGCUUUUAGAACCUACCCUCGAUAUGUUGAGUCUGAAUUUCGAUGCUCGAAAACGUAUGUUCUCUGCGAAAAGGACCAAGCGGUGCCUCCAGCCUGGCAAGAGCAGAUGGCUCGUUUGGGUGGUUUUGAUAUUGUUAGAGUGGACUCGGGACAUUGUCCUCAGUUUUCUAAACCAAGGGAAGUGUUGGCUGUAAUUAAAAGGGUUGCAGCGACAUCCAGCUAG